AUGGCUGCUAUCGCUGUGCACGUGAAUGCGACGGAAGAUUUUGUGGAGAAUUUAGCUCGUCAAAGGUUUUUCUCAUUCAAUGCAUUUCAAUUCGCUUUGAAAGCGUACCAGACGAAACAUUUCGUUGUUUUCGUCCGUAUAAACUCCAAAAAGAGCACAGACAUCCCUGCGGAUGAAGCAGAAGCCGUGAAAUUCGUCGCACCUAGUAACUUUUGUGUACGUUGUAUCACAUGUCGUACUGAUUGUCCGGCAAGGUUCUACGUUCGCCGGUACCAUGGCUGCUUGCGGGUUACUUCCUACUACCUGGAGCACAACCAUCCACGCAGCAAGUUUAUUUUUGACAGGCUCCCCAUCAACUGGCGACUGACAAAUGAUGAAUUAAAGGAGCGUUCUACCCUUUUGAAAUACGGUGCUCCGUCAUCGGAGACUCGGCAGUACGUCGCCGACCACUUUGGAAAGACGUUUCCCGGACGCCUGCGCAAGCAGCUUGAUCGGUUGGUUGGCAAACUGAAGCUGCUGGAAUCGCGUAAGGCUGCUGGGUGCAUGAAGCGUCUGAUUGUCCAAAGUCAGCUGAUGUUGCAUCAAAAUGCAAUUAGUGCAAAGGACAAUCAGCCUCUGGUGUUAGAUGGAAACUGCAACCAACCACGGUGGCGUUCGACAUCAAACGACGCUGUUCCCUGUGGUCUCUGUGGCCAGCCGACUGACCGUGCUGUUUGGUGGUGUCAACGUGAUCGACUUCCAUAUCACCGUUAUUGCUGCGGCAAUGGGCCCUGCCGCUGUGUGGAGAAAAUCUUCAGGCGCGUCCACCAAACGAAAGUUUACAAGGAACUUCUUUCGCAGAACGAGUACCUCGCGACAUCCAUCGCGGGUCCUCUGGCUGCGAAGAAAGUCGUACAACUUUCUGACUCGGCUAUGAAGACCGCCACAGCGUCUCUAGUGGACAGGCGCCUAGGGGAAAACAGACUGAUAAUCUGGGAGUCAGUCACCGGAAAUAUCACGCCAGUGAAGCUGGCACAAUCGAUCCUUGGCAGUGUCCUCAGCAGGCCUGAUAAAGCGCUCCACGCAGAAUGGCUACGCCAAAAGGGAAGUAAGCGAACUCUUGGACUUCUAGUCACACUUUCUUCCCCAUCAGACGUACAUGAGAUCUUGGAGCGGGCUGGCAGCAUUCAAAAGGCUAACCCAAUGAUCAGGCGCCUAUCCGAGUAUUGUCCUCUAGACGCGCGAAAGCUUGGUCAUAGCAGGUCAGGGGUGGAAGCACGAAACAGGCUUCCACCGGGCACCAAUUCAGCCGACCCCAAACUCAUGACGGAGCCGAUUGUGGUCAUAUCCCCCUGUGUUCCCGAAAGCAGGCCGACGAAACCAGCUGCGUCUCCAGACAGCAGUUUUUAUUCGACCACCACAGGUGUCUCGCCCACCAAAGGCAGGGAUGCCCUGGAGGAGGCAAACCCCACAUGCAAGCAGCGCCCAAACUACGUGGAGCUAUCAACGCCUAUCUCCGUAUCAGAGGAUACAGCUGCAGACGUGGGCUCCUCAACAAAGUCACAGCCUCUGAAAUGGACUGAGUCAGAUGUGCGGGGACAAGAAGCGAAGCCAAUCUCCAGCUCCACUCCGUCAAAAGCGGCCUCUCUGCUUGGAAAAAACUCCGUCCCACAAAGCCAAAAGGCCCGAGCAAACCGAGCUCUCACGGAACGAAAAAACCUCGCAAGCGAAAAGCACCCCCAGAAGCCACGAAGACAGGAAGCAGACAACAUCGCCCCAGGUGCCUAUUUGGAGCCUUGGACUCUAACCCGGUGGACAACUAUUAAGUCUGCUAACCACCCCGGUCACUCAACUUUCGGCUCCUUACCCGCGGAGGCAGCAGAGACAGUGUUGAAAUGUCUGUCCACAAACUGCCUCAGCCUCUUCAACGAACUCGGCGAUUUUAAACGGUCAGCUUGCAUUGAGCAACCAUCCACAAUCGCAUUCACAGAUACCUGGCUCACAUCAGAUGUCUCCGACGCGGAGAUCUCGAUGGACAGUUACCCCAUUUUUCGAGCUGACUCAAAACGAGGGAGGGCUGGCGGGGUUGCUCUGUACUUACAUGCGGCCCUACCAACCCCGAUUGUCCCCUCUGACACUACCCCUGCACAAUUUGCGUUGCACUGUGGGUUCAAAUCCCACUGUGCGUGUCCGAUUCUCUCCUUCUCGGUGUGGUCUACCGUAGUCCUUCGAGUCCCCCUGAAGGUAACCAAUUAUUCAUACAAACCCUUGAGCAACUCCUCCAACUACCACUUCGCUCAUCUGCUGCGCGUUGAAUCAGGACUUUUCGCAGCGGCGCUGUGUGAAAUCGUUCUACAGAGCGCUUGGACUCAACAUGUUGUUGCAACCACCAGAUACCGCGCAGGUCAACUACCAUCCCUCUUGGAUUUGGUCAUCACCAACGAAAGACACUUCGUUGAUCAGGUAACAAUUAACGCUCCACCGGGUCAUAGCGACUACUGUGUGCUGACCUUCGAUUUCAUCUGCUAUUGGGCCAGAAAUCCCAAACCUCAAACGUUGUUCCGAGACUUCUGCCGUUCAGAAUUCUCAGGAAUACGCAUCUUCCUUGAACAAGUCACACUGGGACCAGCUCCGGUGGAAGAACUGUAUAGCACCAUUGUCCAGAAAUUUCACGAGGCUGACGCGACGCCCAUAAGCCUCACUAGUGCGCCGUGCAAGGUGAUGGAAUGCAUUCUGAAGCGAACUAUCGUAGAUCGCCUUACUUCCGGCAAUCUGAUAUCUCCAGCUCAACACGGAUUUCUCCCAAACCGUUCUUGCGUGACAAACAUGCUCGUGUUUAUGGACAGCUUAACCCAAGCCAAGGACGAAGGACUCAUAUCGGAUGCCAUAUUUUUCGACUUCUCAAAAGCAUUUGAUAGGGUCCCACACGUCCCGCUGCUCCACAAACUCGAGUCUUACGGGAUUCAAGGGAAAAUCCUUCGCUGGAUCAAGGCGUUCCUAUCAGACAGGUCAUUCCGAGUGAGAAUAGGCUCAACCUAUUCCUCUCCAGCGCCGGUCUCCAUUGGAGUUCCUCAAGGCUCCGUCUUGGGACCACUCCUGUUUCUGAUCUACGUCAACGACCUCCCAGACGUUCUUGCGAGUCCAUGUUUACUUUUUGCGGACGACUUGAAAUCCUGGAGUUCCAAUGCCAGCGCCCUCCAAAUGGAUGUAGACGCUGCCAAGCAGUGGUCGUUGGACUGGCACCUUCCUCUGAAUGAUGAAAAGUGCGUCCAUGUGUCGUUUGGAGGGGAUUCAGCGAAUGCCUUUGUUAUGCAUGGUGAAAAGGGACCAGAAAACAUCAUGAGGAUAGAUGCCAAAAAAGAUUUAGGCAUCUGGGUCUCCUCAAACUUGUCCUUCGCACUACACCAUGAGAAAUCGGCCCAAAAGGCAUUCGCCGUUUUACGGAUGAUCCGACGUACCUUCUCCCGUAUUACUCGCAUGGACUUCCAAAUACUCUAUGGGGCCUACGUCAGACCGCUCCUGGAGUACGCCAACCAAGUUGUCUACUCAGGACGUACGAAAGACGUUACCCUCAUUGAGCGUGUCCAGCGGGCCGCCACGAGAAUGGUUGCCGGCCUCAAGUCCGUGGACUACGAAACGCGUCUCGCGACGCUUGAUCUCUUUCCCCUGGAGUACCGUCGCCUCCGAGGGGACCUAAUUCUUACCUACGCCCUGUUUGAACAAAGCUUGGCAAACAGGUUUUUUACCGUUGACCCAGCAAACACCCGGCGGGGACAUACGCCACUGGUUGCUCAACACAAAAGAGUGCGAAGAAAUGCAAGGACCGUUAGCGCUGCUGCCGUUCGGCUCCCCUUGCUCACAUCGAAACGAAAUCUUACGCUGGUGCUUUUUCCGGAUGUUGAUCUGAUCGGCGCAUCUGCGCGGUUGACUGUUGGUGGGGUAGAUCAUCCCAAGGGUCUUUCAGGUUUCGCUGAUUAUAUAUAUCGUGGUUAUGUAGAUUCUUAUCCAAGAAGCAUUGUGUUCGGUAGCAUCAUCCAAGGUGUGUUUCGUGGUACGGUUUCUUUGGAUAUGUCUUUGCGUGACACCUUCUAUAUCGAACCAGCCGCAAAUUACUUCGAUUACAAAACAAACUUUCAUUCCAUUAUGUAUCACGAGCAGCAUGUGAAAUUUGAUGGAAAUAGGCGUGUAAGGCGCAGUACCACUGACACCGACACUUUCAACUUCUGCGGACUUUCAAAUCCAGAUAUCGCUCGGCGGAUGGCGGAACUACGAUCGCCGAUUUCCGGAGUUGAUGUGAACACUAUCCCUAGAAGAUCUCGGCGUGCUGCAGCCCUGCAACCUCUCAACGUGGAACUCGGUGCAUCUCGACUGCAUCCAGACUUUCAGCGCGGCCACCCUAGUGCUUUUACCGAUUACCGUCUUGUGAACCCCUAUACUCAACGUCAGUCUGCACCAGUUGAUGGCGCGAACACACGCGUAUGCAACCUUUAUUUACAGUCAGAUACAUUUUUAUGGGACAGGGUAAUUGGGAUGCAACACAUUCGCGGUAACAGGGAACUCGCAGUGCAAGAAAUCACCUCAAUUUUCACCCAGCACGUUCAAGGAGCGCAAGCCAUUUAUCAGCACACGUUAUUUCGUGAUCAUGCCGGACGCUUGGAAUAUCCCGGAAUCAGCUUCCGUGUGGAUCACGUAUUGAUCAAUGUAACGGAGGAAGAUUGCAAGCCAAGACCCAUCUGGCGUGACCUUCACGGUCGUCCACUACCUUCGCCCACGGCUCUACCCCGUCGUCCAGGUCAAGACAAGCCCUCUGUCUCCAACACAUCAGUUUCUCGAGGCAGUUAUGCGGACGAGAAUCCGUUUUGUGCGGAAAAUAUAGAUGUAACGAACUAUUUGAAUCUGCACUCAUACACCCCACACGAUGACUUUUGUCUGGCCUACGUUUUCACAUACCGUGACUUUUCCGGUGGAACUCUGGGACUUGCCUGGGUGGCCGAACCGAACGGAUCGGGCGGAGUUUGUGAAAAACAUCGCUUGAUGCGUGAAGGUAGUCACAAUGUGUUCAAAAGUUUAAACACCGGAGUCGUGACAUUACUCAACUAUGGUUCUCAGGUCGCCCUAAAAGUUUCCCAACUCACAUUCGCCCAUGAGAUGGGCCACAAUUUCGGCGCGAAGCAUGACGAUGAUCACAAGGACGAACCAUUUGGUUGCUUACCCUCGGUGGAUGAUCCUCGUGGGAAUUACAUCAUGUUCGCCAGCGCCACCAGCGGCGACAAAGAUAAUAAUAAUAAAUUCUCCCUGUGCUCGUUGGAUUCUAUCGCCCGCCUUCUAGGUCGCGUUUUAUCGUGGUAUUCCUCUUACAGACUUCUCUUUCUGCCGUGGUUUCACAACCGGUCCAAUGUUCCCCUACGGCUGGCGAGUGUUGCACUCACAACUGUCAGUUUCGUGGGACGUCACAUCUUUGCCGUGGAGCUGAUGAGUGCUAUCGGUCGGCAUACUGUAAUGGAGUUGAAGCGAAGUGCCCCACUUCUGAACAUCUGCCUGAUGGCACACCUUGCCAGUGUUAGUGACACCGAGUUUGGACGGAUGUGCUCCUCAUCUCUGCGAGUUCAUACUGCAAAGUUCUCAGUUUUGCGUCUCGGUCUCUUACGGGAACAAAACUGUGGUUAUGAUGAAAAUGAUGAUGGUGUUGAUGAUGAUGAUGAUGAUGAUGAUGUUGAUGAUUCUGCUGAUGAUGAUGAUGUUGAUGCUGAUGAUGAAGAUUAUGAGGAUGAUGAUGAUAGUGAUGAUGAUGAUGAUGAUGUUGACGAUGAUGUUGAUGAUGAUGAUGAUGACGUUGAUGUUGAUGAUGACGACGACGAUGAUGAUGAUGAUGAUGAUGAUGUUGAUGAUGACGACGAUGAUGAUGAUGAUGAUGAUGAUGUUGAUGAUGACGACGAUGAUGAUGAUAAUGAUGAUGAUGUUGAUGAUGACGACGAUGAUGAGUGGGACUCCAAUCUGCGCGACAAAUAUCCACAACUGGUGAACGAACUGCUGCGUGACGGACGGGGAACCAAGUUGAAACCAGGUGCUCCGUGUGAUAAUUACCGAGGUUAUUGUGAUGUUUUCCACCGCUGUCGUUCAGUCGAAGCCGAAGGUCCUUUGGCACGUUUGCGGAACUUGCUGUUCAGUCCGCAGGUCCUGGAACAGGUGAAAUCCUGGAUUACAAUGCAUUGGUGGGCUGUUAUCUUGAUAUGCGUGAGCCUAAUCAUUGCUCUGAUCGUGUUUGCCAAGCUUUGCGCCGUCAGUACCCCUCCGUCGCGAUACUACUCCAUCCCGGUGCGGCACACACGAUCUCCCGUCCAGACACCAUCUCACCCCCCAAGAGACUGGAGUGCUCCCUAUCCACCUCCAUCAUUCCACAUGCCAUCUCCUUGGGCCUGGCCCCGUCGCGCUCGUCCAGCUGAUCGCAAUGGAAAACGAGGGCGCCGAACCCCCCGCUCAAAAUCUCUACCUUUCAACCCGUCAUCCUCAAUAGCAACAGAAUCACGGCGUGUGGUUCCCAGUGCACCGUUUCUCGAUCCGAUGGAUUUUCCGCCACCCAAUGCCAGACCAACUCCGAUCAACUGUGCAAUCAGCAGCAGUCGAAAACCGAAUGGUGAAAGAGGUGACAUCGAAUUGAUCCCGUUCGCUCUGCUAGAUUUGUCGCAACCGGCCGCUUCAACAAGCACUGAUAAUCAGGUGGACAGGAACAGGAGAAAUAGUGAAAAACCGAGCAAUAGGCCGUGCGCAAGUCGAAGUUCUGUGCCACGACCCAUGAGCAUGCUUGAUCCAGAUUCGGGUGGCCGCCGCGGACAAGCAAACUCUAGUCAGCAUGUCGCACCAGGAAAGAAAUCCAAGUUACCUUCAAAGAUCAAACGUCCGCGGGACGAGCAUGGCCGCAGACGUCCCGCAUCCCUCGUAGUCGUGGUUGAAGAUCCGUUAACCCUAGUGGAAUCGAAUGAGGAGCAACCGCGUGCCGCCCAAAGUCCUGUGAACUGUGACUCAAGCAUCCCUCCUCCAGCCUAUGAUGACCUUUAAGAAUCGUUGACGGCAGUUCUGUGUCUAACUCGUCGGAAUGACUAUCCGGCUCAACGAAAGCAGCAGGCACCGACCCUUCGUUUCCAUAUUCAAGAAUAAAUAACGGGGUUCCAGUCUUCCAUUCAACGCACAAUUGCAACUAGUGGAACGAACACAAUAGCUUUUUUGUAUUUUACCGUUGUCGUUCUCGUUCCUGUCCCCAUCGUUGGCUUCGUUCGCUUAUUCCAUUGGACGGUGCUUAAUUGAGGCGCCAUCAAGGUGCGCUUCACAGCAAUAUUGUUUUUCCUUUUCAGCUUGUCUAGUCUUUUUCCCGCCUAAUUUUAUAAAAAUUUGUGCAAAG